GUGCAAGGUGGAGAGUUUGUAAUGAUUGAAAUAGAUCGAUCAAACCCAGAAUCAAGACAGGAAUUUAGUGAAUUAUCUGUCUAUCCACUACGUAUUCCUGAAACUGUUGAUAUCCUGGGAGGCCACUACAGUUUGUUCUGCUUGGUGAACCCUGAGAUAGGAUCCGCGGGACAUUAUUCUUUAAACUUUAUACAAGAAAAUCAGAUUAUAUACCUUCAUGAAACUAAUCUUGUCCUAAAGACUGUUUAUCCUGGUAUGGAUCAAACUACUCUCCUACUUGUAUUAAGAAAAAUAAAGGACUCCUUUCCAGAGCAAACUCACCCACCAAACCCUCCGUCAAAAAAUCCACCAGACCCCUCUUCAAGUAAUCUGCAAGUGCUCUCCUCAAGUAAUCCACCACCAUUUUCACAUAAUCCGCCAAAUCCCCCAGAAAAUCCGCAAGUUAUAAAUACUGAAUAUUUUUCCAAUAAAUCUGAAGAUCUGGAAAUAAAUCAAGAAAGAAAUAUAAACUAUGCAAUAAAUUUAGAAGAAAAUAAUAUAUCAUCGAUUGAAGGCGCAAUUGAACUUAAUUUGCCAGAAGUUGAGUUCAACACUGACGAAGUUAAAACUGACACUAUUUUAAAGAACACGGACGAAACAAACACUGAAUUGGACAAUAAGAAAUAUCAGGGAUAUAAAGUAUUUAAGAGGGACGGAAAGCUGCGAAAAUCUAAAUAUUUAUCUGUGGAAAGCCUGGCUAUCCUUGGAAGCACAAAUCCAGAUAUACUCAACAAAUACAGGCAGAAAUAUGCUGAGAAAAGAAGGGUAGAUAAGUCUGCUGGAGGGAUCCAGGCUGGCAGCUCCCUUGCUAGUCUUGGAAAACAAGUUUUUAAAUCUGCUCCUCUCAAGUGGAAGCGUUUAGACAGAAAAUGCAGAAACAAUGUUAAAGAUAAUCCAGGGUUGACAGAAUCCAUCGAUUGUGUCGAAACUAAUGUCGACAAUACAUCAGUCGACCUUAAUCAACUUUUCGACAUUCUGUGAUACAAAGUUAAUAUUUAUUAUAAUUUAAAAAAAAUAUUUAUCCCUGUGAAAUCAUCUUUGAUUUGCAGCAAUUUAGAUUUAACAGAAAACCAUUUUUAUCAUAAAAGCUGUGUACUGUGUAGAUCAACAGUAAAUUGGAUUAUAUUUUAAAAAUAUUAAGUUUAUCAAAAAGUUACGGUUUAAGCUAAGGGAAUGGUCAUAGAUAGAAUGUAUGCAAAUUUGCAUUUUAUAUGUUUAUAUAAUUUAAAUUUGUGUCAGUAUUUUAAUCGUUCACUUGUUGAAUUGGGAUUAGUAGGCCGUAACCAUGAAAAUAUGUAAAAUCAAUUGUUUUGGAACACUGCGUUCAUAUUUUUUAUAGACAUAUUGUAAUUUGUAAACCGUCUGUGAUUCUGGCUGUGACAUCUUGUUUAUUCAUGUUUAUUCAUUUCCCCGCGGGUGAGUUCCUUUAAUUUGUUUAUUUACAGA